ACAGUGCCCAACAUCCGUGGCCAGUAGUGGUCCUGGAGCUCGGAGGGUCCUAGACACCUGCCCGACGUACAUCCCGCUUACGGGCAGGACUCUGAGCAUCCCCAGGGGCCGCCGCUCCUGCGCGCUCGACCCGGAAAGGCAUUGACCGCUGCUACUUGGAUGAAUUCAACCAUCCCCUAGGAGAUUUGAAUGUUAAGUUUCUAUAAACAAAGAAACCAGUUCUCUCUUGUUUGGAGCAAUGCUGAAAUUCCAAGAGGCUGCUAAGUAUAUGAGUGGAUCAGUAGCCAGUUCCACUUAUCCACAGACCUUGAUUGCAAGAAGAUAUGUGCUUCAAAAGAAACUUGGCAGUGGAAGUUUCGGAACUGUCUAUCUGGUUUCAGACAAGAAAGCCAAACAAGGAGAGGAAUUAAAGGUACUGAAGGAAAUCUCUGUUGGAGAACUCAAUCCAAAUGAGACUGUGCAGGCCAAUUUGGAGGCCCAGCUCCUUUCCAAGCUGGACCACCCAGCCAUUGUCAAGUUCCACGCAAGCUUUGUGGAGCAAGAUAAUUUCUGCAUUAUCACAGAGUACUGUGAGGGCCGAGAUCUGGACUACAAAAUUCAGGAAUAUAAAGAAGCUGGAAAAACCUUUCUAGAAAGUCAAAUAAUAGAGUGGUUUAUCCAGCUGUUGUUGGGAGUUGACUACAUGCAUGAAAGGAGGAUACUUCAUCGGGACUUGAAAUCAAAGAAUGUAUUUCUGAAAAAUAAUCAACUUAAAAUUGGGGAUUUUGGAGUGUCUCGACUCCUCCUGGGAACCUGUGAUCUAGCCACCACUUUGAUUGGAACUCCCCAUUAUAUGAGUCCAGAGGCUCUGAAACACCAAGGCUACGACACAAAGUCGGACAUCUGGUCUCUGGCAUGCAUUUUAUAUGAGAUGUGCUGCAUGAAUCAUGCAUUCUUUGGCUCCAAUUUCUUGUCUAUUGUUUUAAAAAUUGUUGAAGGCGACACUCCUUCUCUCCCUAAGAGAUAUCCAAGAGAACUGAAUGCCAUCAUGGAACGCAUGUUGAACAAGAAUCCUUCACUGAGACCAUCUGCUAUAGAAAUUUUAAAAAUCCCUUACAUCGAUGAGCAACUACAGCACCUGAGGUGUAGAUAUUCUGAAAUGAUUCCAGAAGACAAGAAUUUGAAUUGUCAGAAGGAGGCUGCUCAUAUAAUUGAUGCUGUGCAAAAAAAGAUCCACCUACAGACGCUGCGGGCAUUCUCUGAAGUGCAGAAAAUGACACCGAGAGAAAGGAUGCGGCUUCGAAAGCUCCAGGCAGCUGAUGAGAAAGCCAGGAAGCUGAAAAAGCUUGUGGAAGAAAAAUAUGAAGAAAAUAACAAACGAAUGCAGGAAUUGAGAUCUCGGAACUUUCAGCAGCUAACUGUUGACAUACUCCAUGAAAGAAAGCAUUUAAUGGGAAUGGAAGAAAAGGAGGAGCGACCUGAAGGAAGGCUUUCUUGUUCACUGUCGGAGGAGCAUGAAGAGAGACCAGGCAGAGAAGAGGAAUUGGAUGGCCCAACUUCAGAGAAGCUGCCUGUGUCUCAGCUCGUUCCUUCCUUGGACCUCAGCAUGCUUGAGUCAAGAGGAGGGGCCACGAUAGCUGACCUUGGAGAUUAUGGGAUCCCAGAAGACCCACUUACAGCUGAAGAGUAUUAUGUUGAUGCUUUUGAUUCCUGUUCUGAAGAGAGUGAGGAGGAAGCAGAAGACACAGUGUUCUCAGGACUGCAGGAAGAGGUCAAAGAUGAGGAGCUGCAGUCUGAUUACAGAACAAACCAGCAGGGAAGUGACAUUGAAGCACUGGUCAGGUGUUUGGAAAACGUCUUGGGUUGUACCUCUCUGGACACAAGGACUGUCACCAGCGCAGCUCCAGACAUGUCCCCAGGACCAACAGUUUUCAACAGCGCGAUGGCCGGAACCAAGAUGAAACGCAUGAAGGAAUCAGCCAUGCGGAAGCUGGGAGCAGAAGUAUUUGGGGAGGUCUAUGAUUACCUCCAGGGAGCAAGGCGGCAGAACGCCAGCGAGGCGGAGAUCCGAGCGUCCCUAGAAAAGGUGGUGCCUCAUGCCAGUGACUGUUUUGAAGUUGAUCAGCUCCUCUACUUUGAGAAGCAGUCGCUUAUCACCAUGGGAGAAAGGCCCACACUCCAGAGCCAUCAUGGACAACUGUCAAAAGCCAGCAAGUUCAAGGGGACAAACUGUGCAAAUCCAUUCAACACAUAAACUGGACUCUAUUAUGGGAAAUGGGAGCGCUCAUCUUUACUUUCAAUUCUUUAUCAAAAGGAAUUUAGAGAGUAGCCAACACCUCUGCCUGUACUUGGAGUCCUGGGCUAGUCAGUGUUGUUUGGUCUAUACUCUGAGAGAAGCGUAGGGAUCAGGUUUGGCUUCCUGAAAAGCACUCCCACACAUGUGCCCUCAGGGUUCCCACUGGGACUGGACCCCCGUGACGAUGGCCUGGGGAAGCCGUCUGUUCUUCUUCAUUUCCACCUGGAGGACAGACCCAGUGCCUGACCGCCUGGGGUCCCCCGGGACUGUGGCCAGCCUGUGCCUGAAGGUUCUUGGACACCGGCCUCUGGCACACUGAGCUGCUGCCCAGAGUCAGACAUACCUGUCUCAGGUGCCCUGUUUGUGGUCCACUUUUGCCCUUUCAUAGCUCACAAGCAAGAAGUCCCUAUGUAUAAGGACCUGGGUGAAAAAUCCAAAACCUGAUUCCCUCCUGUGAUUUA